AUGCACAAAGCUAAGCUGCCGGUGCGGCAGCUGUUGAUCUUGUUCGUCUUCACUUCCGUCCUGCCCUAUCUGCCUGAACUCAUCGAAUAUGUCGGCGUACCGGCGCCUGAAGUUGCCAAAUGGGCCGGCAUCGCGUCCGCGGUCGCAUCGGUGAGUCAAGCCAUCAUGGCCGUGCCCUGGGGGACGCUGUCCGACCACGUGGGCCGCAAGCCGAUUAUUCUCUCGGGGCUGACAUGCACCAUGCUGAUCUCGAUCAUGCUGGGCAUGUCGCAAACCUUGACUAUGGUGCUCGUCUCGCGCGCCCUGAUCGGCCUGAUGAACGGCAACGUCGGCAUCCUGCGCACCAUGGUCGCCGAGAUCGUGCCCGAGCGCGAACUGCAGCCGCGCGCUUUCAGCCUCAUGCCACUCGUCUGGACGAUCGGGAGCAUCUUUGGGCCCGCGUUUGGCGGGGCCCUGGCACGCCCGGCGGAGAAGCACCCUGAUCUGUUCGGGGGGUCAGCUUUCCUCAGACGGUUUCCCUUUGUGCUACCGAAUAUAGCGUCUGCCUGUUUCUUUCUUGUGGGAAUUACGACCGGGUUUUUGUUUUUGGAGGAGACGCUGGAGACAAAAAAGGGCCGGUAUGACCCUGGUCUUGAGCUGGGAAAAGCACUGACUAGGCCGUGCACGUCGCGCAAGAAGCGCCUGGCUGAGUUGAAAGGCGUUGAUGAGGAACGGACGUCUUUGCUGCCUGGCGAGACUCAACCACAGCAGAAGAAAACGAAGCCCGUCGUGCGGCCGAGCUGGUCCCAUAUCUUCACGCCUCAGUCUAACCUGGUUCUCCUGUCUUACACUUUGAUGUCGGGGCUCUCCAUGGCGUUUGACUCGGUCUUCCCAGUUUUCUUGCACUACCCUGUACAGAAUUUCCACGACAACCCUGACGUACAGCUCCCCCUCAAAUUUGCCAGCGGCUUCGGUGUCGAUGCUCCCCAAAUUGGCAUGUUCUACACCAUCACCGGCAUCAUCGGCAUGGUCAUCCAGUUCCUUUGCUUCCCACCAGUCGCUAAGCGCUACGGCGUCCUGAAAUGUUUCAAAGUCUCCGCCAUCAUCUUGCCAAUAAUCUUCUUCAUCACCCCUUUCACCGCUCUAGUGCCCGAGAAGCUGCGGGUUCCAGCAGUUCUCGCGGUCAUGCUCGCCAAGCUCGGCGCGACUGUGUUCGGAAUCCCGUGCAGCACGAUCCUACUGACCAACUCCGCCUCGAGUAUGACUGUGCUCGGCACUUUGAACGGUGUCGGGACAAGCGUCAGUGCUUUGGGUCGUGCGGCAGGUCCGGCUCUUAUUGGCGCUGCCUUUUCGUGGGGGGUCAAGCAAGGCUGGGUGAUUGUUCCUUGGUGGUUACUGGGCACGCUUGGACUGACGAGUGUCAUUCCUGCGUUUUGGAUUAUUGAGCAGGAGGGUCCUUACCGUAAGCAGGAGGGAGAGGAGGAGGAAGAAGAAGAGAUCCACGCCGAGGAGCCUCGCGGCAAUGGAUACGGUGCUAUUGAGGUGUCAGCCGACACCGGGAAGAAGAUUACUCGAGACGAUUGA